CCGAUAACUGAGUUUAUUUACAAGGCGUCAAAGGUAGAAACACAAUGUUUGACUUGUUAGUUGUUUUUGGACUGGUAUUAUUAUUUAUACAAAUAAUAAGAAUAUUAUUAAGCGACUGUGAUCUUCAUUUACAAUGGUACUGUAAGUUCGGACAGACGCCAGCAUCACUGAAAGGCAAAGUGGUAUGGAUAACGGGAGCAUCCAGUGGAAUUGGAGAAGCCCUGGCCUAUCAGUUAUCAUCAGUUGGAUGCAAACUUAUAUUAUCAGCAAGAAGAGAAGAUAGAUUAAAACAAGUCAAAGAUAAAUGUCUAAAACAAAAUCCAUGUAUUGGGAAUGAAGACAUCUUUAUUUUACCACUUGAUCUUUUGGAUUUUGGAAGUCAUGCAAAUGAAGUUGAAGUUGUACUAAAAUAUUUCAAAACGAUAGACGUGCUUGUCAAUAAUGCUGGUCGAUCACAGAGAGCAUUAUGGGAGAAAACAAGUCUUGAAGUUGAUAAAGCAAUGUUAAAUGUAAACGUUCUCGGCCUUCUGUCACUAACAAAAUGUGUCUUACCACAAAUGAUUAGACAAAACUAUGGAAGGAUUGUAAUUACAAGUAGUUUGGCGGGAAAGUUAGGAGCACCAGGACUAGGUUCUUAUAGUGGGUCAAAACAUGCCUUACAUGGUUGGUUCGAAGCCUUGCGUAUAGAAGGAUACAAUUAUAAUGUUAAUGUAACAAUGGUUUGUCCAGGUCCAGUAUUCUCAGAGGCAUUGCUGCAUGCGUUUACUGAAAGUCGCGAAAAGACAUUGGGAGUAGAAAUGAAAAAUACAGAGAAAAGAAUGACCGCUGAACGAUGUGCUUAUCUUAUGUCUGUAGCUAUGGGAAAUGAUUUAGACGAAGUUUGGUUAUCAGGAAACCCAGAACUGUUCUUUUUAUAUUUAUACCAAUAUUUUCCUACUAUAACAAGAAGAUUAGGAAGACGUAUUGGUGCCAAACGUGUCAAGAAGCUGCAAUCUGGAAUGACCGAUUUACACUAAGGGCACAUAGAAACAACAGAAAUGUCAUUUUCAUGUGAUAUGUUGCAUCAUAUAUUUCC